AUUGCAGAGCAAUUUGGCGAGGACAGCCUAAAGGUGCUACGGGAGUAUGAGAAAACGGCAAGGAAAGUGGCGGACUACAGGAACCAUGUGCGCUUUCACCUAAGAUGUCGGCGUUAUGGAAUUACACCUAAAAGCUUGCGUCUCAGAUCAUCUCUUAAAGGUCACAAAGCAACAGAUAUUUUACAUAGAGCUCAAAAACAGCUACUAAAUGAAAGGAUACGACAGGUUCAUUUUACUUUGGAGGUCUUGAAGCAAGAAAACAAACUGUUACAUCAGAAGUUGGCCACCAAAUUACCAGAAGAGAUUUUAUACAAAGUGACUGAUUUUGUACAGCAUGCACAGUUGGCUCAACACACCAAGAGCAAGGAAAGACAAAUUAAGAAGUUUGACUCUUUAUGCUCAUAUAUUCAUGGCAUUCAACAGAAUAUUUCACCUGAGGAAGAUGUGAGAGCGAGUUCCGACAAAUGGGUGAAAAACCUGUCUGAUAGAGAGCUCACGGGGCCAGAGAUGGAGGUUUUGGCCAAAGGUCUAAACUUUGCAGUAACACCUGAUCACAUCCCAGUGAUAGAUAUGAUCACUGCAACUGAAUCAGCUAUCCGGAACAAUAAUAUCCCGGAGGAGGAGGCGGAACAGCUUCGUGCUCAGGUUUCCAUGUCUCUUCUAAAAGCCAAACCCCCACCACCCAAUCUUAGUGAACAGGAGAAAAGGGCCCUGACAUCGCUAAGUAAGGAUAUUAACGUUACUAUCUUGCCAGCGGAUAAGGGGAGAUGUACAGUGGUGUUGAAUGCAGACGACUAUCACUCCAGGGUAACUGCCCUGUUGAGCGAUUACAACACAUAUGAAAUUCUUAACAGAGAUCCUACCAGCAAAUACAAGAAACAAGUGAUUAAGUGUUUACAGCUAUUAGAAAAACAAGGAGUGAUAGACCGCAAGUUAUACUAUCGCUUGUACCCAGGAGACACCACACCUUGUUUGUAUGGUUUACCAAAGGUACAUAAGGACAAUUAUCCCCUCAGACCAAUUGUUAGUAGCAUAAAUUCAGUUACAUAUAACAUCGCAAAAUACCUGGCUACUGUAUUAGCCCCACUGGUUGGUAACACUCCACACCACGUAAAUAAUUCUAUGGAUUUUGUGGACAAAAUCAGGGGAUUGUCAUUGCAGGGUGAUGAAACCAUGGUGUCUUACGAUGUGAUAUCCUUGUUCACGUGUGUGCCAACAGUAUUGGCGGUUGAGACAGUCAGGAGUCGUCUGAGCCAUGACCCCAUGUUAAGGGAGAGAACACAGCUCAACCCAGACCAGGUGAGCACUUUGUUGGAGCUAUGUUUGAAUACCACCUACUUUAAAUAUAAAGAUGUCUUUUAUAGACAGAAACAUGGUUGUGCUAUGGGCUCCCCUGUGUCUCCUAUUGUGGCCAACCUCUAUAUGGAAGAAGUAGAGAAGAAGGCAUUGGAGACGUACAGUGGAACCCUUCCGACUCACUGGUUUAGGUAUGUGGACGACACAUGGGUGAAGAUCAAGAUUAAUGAAAUUGGCCCCUUCACUGACCACAUCAAUUCUGUAGAUGAUUAUAUUAAGUUCACUAAAGAGGAGAUGAGGGAAAAUCAACUCCCAUUCCUAGAUUGUGGUAUGUACCUAGAGAAUGAAGGAGACCUGCAAGUGGAGGUUUAUCGAAAGCCCACCCACACCGACCAGUACCUGAUGUUCGAUUCUCACCAUCCUCUGGAGCACAAAUUGGGAGUAAUCCGCACUUUACAACAUAGAGCGGGGACCAUACCCACCAACCAGGAGGCAAGGAUUAAAGAACAGAAACAUAUAGAAAAAGCAUUGAAACAAUGUCACUACCCGAAAUGGGCUUUCAUCAAAGCACAAAAGAAUAAACCAAAUGACCCAAAAUCAGGAAACAUCAAGAUUAAGAGACCUAGAAGAAGUCACGUCGUUAUCCCAUACGUGGCCGGGUUGUCAGAGAAGUUCCGGAGGGUUUUUUCUAAGCACAACAUCCCGGUGUAUUUUAAACCUAAAAAUACUUUGAGACAGAUGUUGGUCCACCCAAAGGACCAGGUUCCCAAACAUCAGAAGUGUAACUUGGUAUAUGCAGUAAAAUGCACAGAGGAGUGCAAAGAUCUUUAUAUUGGGGAGACAAAACAGAUGCUUAGUAAACGUAUGUCUCAACAUAGGAGGGGGAAUUCUUCGGGACAAGAAUCAGCUGUCUUCACCCACCUACAAAAAGAGCAACAUAGUUUUAAGGAUCAAGAUGUUUACAUUUUGGACAGAGAGGAUGGAUGGUUUGAGAGAGGCGUCAAGGAGGCCAUCUAUGUGAAAGUAGAGCGACCUUCUUUAAACAGAGGUGGGGGACUGAGACAUCAUCUGUCCUCAUCAUACAAUGCUGUUUUGAGAACAUUACCCCGGCGCUUUACAGAUAAACCAACUGGCUCCCCCUAA